AUGGCUCCUAUCAAUGCGUCUUUGCACGGCGCGCGCAGGCAGCCGCAGCUGCACCUCGUGUCCAACGAAGAUUCGGUAUAUGAGCAGGACAUUCUUCGCGAUCCCGGCAGUGUCAAGCCAUGGCUAGUCUAUAUUGACUUCAAGUCACGCCAUAGCAGUGUACUCGAGCAAGCAUACGUGAUGGAGCGGGCUUGCACCCAGUUGCCUCGAUCGUAUAAACUAUGGAAGCUGUAUCUAUCGUUCCGUACCAAGCACGUGGCCAAGAUGAACCCAGCAUUGUUCGCGGCAGAAUAUCGUAAAGUCAACGCUCUCUUUGAGAAAGCUCUUACUCUACUCCACAAGAUGCCACGAAUAUGGGAGAUGUAUUUAAAAUUUCUGUCGAAGCAGCCGAUCGUUACUUUAACGCGACGAACAUUCGACCGAGCCCUCAGAGCCCUCCCGAUUACCCAACACAAUCGUAUCUGGGCAGUUUAUCGACCGUUUGCGAACUCUGCUGCUGGGGAAACAGCUGUAAAAAUAUGGCGACGCUACAUGCAGGUCCACCCCGAGGAUGCGGAGGAUUUUAUCGAACUGCUGGUCGAGACUGGUCUUUAUACUGAGGCGGCCCUGAAGUUCAUAGAUAUUCUCAACAACGCCAGGUUCAACAGCAAGCAUGGGAAGGGGCAUUAUGAACUCUGGAGCGAAAUGGUAGAUCUGCUUGUGGAGCAUGCCGCUGAAAUCGAGACGGGAUACGAAACGGGAAUCGAUGCCGAGAGUAUCAUCCGAAGCGGUAUUUCUAGAUUUGCCGAUCAAAGAGGGAAACUAUGGUCUGGCCUGGCUACCUACUGGAUCCGUAAGGGCAGUUUUGAACGAGCCCGCGAUGUCUUCGAAGAGGGCAUCACAACAGUCAUGACAGUCAGGGAUUUCACUCUGAUUUUCGAGUCUUACACUGAGUUUGAGGAGUCUAUCAUUGGUGCCCUCAUGGAAGUCGCAUCUGCACGGGCUGAAAAGGGCAUUGAAGAUGAGAACGCCGACUUCGAGUUAGACAUUAGGAUGAUGCGCUUUGAGCAGCUCAUGGAUAGGCGACCAUUCCUCCUGAACGACGUCCUACUACGGCAGAACCCAAACAGUGUGCCAGAAUGGGAGAAGAGGGUCGCCCUCUGGGGUGACAACAAGAAGGAAGUAGCCCAAACCUACACAGAUGCGAUCGCCGCUAUUCAGCCGAAACGCGCUGUGGGUGCGUUCCAUCAGCUUUGGGCCAAUUAUGCCAAAUUCUACGAACGAGGGGGUGACCUGAGGAGCGCCCGUGUUAUCAUGGAGAAAGCUAUCAAAGUUCCAUUCAAGUCAGUGGCAGAGCUAGCCGACAUGUGGAUUGAAUGGGCAGAGAUGGAACUGCGAAACGAGAACUUUGACGACGCAGUCCGGAUCAUGGCCAAGGCAGUUCAAGCACCAAAGCGAUCAACAGUUGACUACUUCGACGAAAGCCUUUCCCCACAGCAAAGGGUCCACAAGAGCUGGAAGCUUUGGAGCUUCUACGUUGAUCUUGUUGAAAGUGUAUCAACUCUGGAUGAGACUAAAAAGGUAUACGAACGUAUCUUUGAGCUCAGGAUUGCGACCCCCCAAACGGUUGUCAACUACGCCAAUCUGCUCGAGGAACACAAAUACUAUGAGGAGUCGUUCAAGAUCUACGAGCGCGGUCUCGAUCUAUUUAGCUAUCCAGUUGCUUUUGAGCUUUGGAACUUGUAUCUCACCAAAGCUGUUGACCGGAAGAUCGGUAUCGAACGGUUACGCGAUCUAUUUGAACAAGCUGUGGAAGAUUGCCCGCCAAAGUUUGCCAAAACGAUUUAUCUCAUGUACGGCAAUCUGGAAGAAGAACGUGGUUUGGCGCGGCAUGCAAUGCGAAUAUAUGAACGAGCCACCCGGGCGGUUGCGGAUGAGGACCGAGCGGAUAUGUUCAACUUCUAUAUUACCAAAUCCGCCUCAAACUUCGGCCUAACCUCGACGAGGCCAAUUUACGAGAGGGCCAUUGCUGCUUUACCCGACAUCGAAGCCAAGGACAUGUGCCUCAAGUUCGCCGACAUGGAGAAAAGGCUGGGCGAAAUCGACCGAGCUCGUGCCAUUUAUGGACAUGCAUCACAAUUUUGUGAUCCUCGCACGAACCCUGAUUUCUGGGCGAAGUGGGAACAGUUUGAGGUACAACACGGCAACGAGGACACAUUUAAGGAGAUGUUACGAAUCAAACGAAGUGUGCAGGCACAAUACAACACCGAUGUCAAUUUUAUCGCUUCUCAAGCCCUGGCACGCAGCCAACGCCAAUCUGGGGGUGAGGAUGAUAUGGAGGUAACGGAUGCAAUGGCGGCUUUGGAGAGACAGUCAAAAGCACCACAAGGAUUUGUCGCAGCAAGCACUGGCCCGGUGGGCGGCAAGCCGGCGCCUUUAAUUUUUACUUCAAACCCGGAUGCCAUUGAUAUCGAUGGCCCCGAUGAGUAA